CCUCCCUAAAGGUGAAUGUGUCAACUGAGCCCUUUCUCCUACCCACUACCCCAACUUGGGAUCCUGCCAUCCAUUUGCUCUGCCAACAGGAAGAAAGGAUCAGAAGACAAAGAACAGCAGAGUAAUACAAUUCACUGCUGGUUUCCAGAGAGGAGCAUCCACUGUGUUUGGUCUGCACAGAACCACGUGGUCAGAUUAAUCUGGCACCAGACAAACUAUGGAGAAGACCCCUGUCAGCUGCAUUACCUCUUUCUGAUUCCACAGUUCUUGAUAGUAUAGUAUCUUGAUCUGAAUACAGAGCUGGAAUACUGUUUGGCAGCAAGUUCUCUAAUACAUCCAGAUUUGUUGACAUCCACUGAAAAAAGCUGGGAUAUUUUUGCACAGGAAGAAAAAAACAUCACCAUCCUUAUUGGGAUAAAUACGUUGGUACACCUGGAUAUUUUAGACCGAACUAAUCCAUAUGGCUACAUUCCUACUGAGACCCUCUAAGUCACUGACUUGUGGUUGCAACUGACCAAGGUAAUCAACCGAAGAACUCUUUCAGGCGCCUUUCCAUUAGACAGCUCCUAUUUACCAAAAGUCUUAGAGCAUAGGCGGGUUGGAUGGUGAUACAGCUUACACAGUAUGGCUGCAGGAGUGGCAACCUGGUUGCCCUUUGCCCGGGCAGCAGCUGUGGGCUGGCUCCCGCUGGCCAAGAAGCCUAUGCCCAAGCCUCCUCUGGACAAGAAACGCCGCCAUGAUGAAAUCUUAGUGGUCAACGUUAGUGGCAAACGCUUCCAAACUUGGAAGAAUACCCUGGACCGUUAUCCAGAUACCUUAUUAGGCAGUUCCGAGAAGGAAUUCUUUUAUGACGAAGACAGCAAGGAAUAUUUCUUUGAUCGUGACCCAGAGAUGUUCCGGCACAUUCUCAACUUCUAUCGUACAGGCAGGCUCCAUUAUCCCCGCCAAGAGUGCAUACAGGCCUUUGAUGAAGAGCUGUCCUUUUACGGAAUCAUCCCAGAGCUGAUUGGAGACUGCUGCUUGGAGGAAUAUCGUGACCGCAAGAAGGAGAAUGCAGAGCGCCUGGCGGAGGACGAAGAGGCCGAGAUUGCCACAGACGCUGCCUUGCCACCAGAUAGCACAUUCCGCCAACAGCUCUGGAGAGCGUUUGAGAACCCCCACACCAGCACCAUGGCUUUGGUCUUCUACUACGUGACUGGUUUCUUCAUUGCUGUUUCGGUCAUUGCCAAUGUGGUGGAGACAAUCCCGUGCCGGCCACCUCCUGGGAAGAAGAAAAACCAGUCCUGUGGAGAUCGUUUCCCCAAUGCUUUCUUCUGCAUGGACACAGCUUGUGUCCUCAUCUUCACCUUUGAGUAUCUCAUGCGGCUUUUUGCCGCCCCAAGCCGGUUCAAGUUCAUGAAGAGCGUGAUGAGUAUCAUUGACGUUGUGGCCAUCAUGCCUUACUAUAUUGGGCUGGUGAUGCCGGAAAACGAAAAUGUCUCUGGGGCCUUUGUGACACUGAGAGUCUUCCGUGUCUUCCGCAUCUUCAAGUUCUCACGCCACUCGCAGGGCCUAAGGAUCCUGGGCUAUACUCUUAAGAGCUGUGCCUCUGAAUUGGGCUUCCUCCUCUUCUCCCUUACUAUGGCUAUCAUCAUCUUUGCUACUGUUAUGUUCUAUGCUGAGAAGAGCACAAAGGAGACCAACUUCACCAGCAUCCCUGCUGCCUUCUGGUACACUAUCGUCACCAUGACCACACUUGGCUAUGGUGACAUGGUCCCAAGCACCAUUGCAGGGAAGAUCUUUGGAUCCAUCUGCUCUCUAAGUGGGGUGCUAGUCAUCGCCCUCCCUGUACCUGUCAUUGUUUCCAACUUCAGCCGCAUCUACCACCAGAAUCAGCGGGCAGAUAAGCGGCGAGCUCAGCAGAAGGUUCGCCUGGCCCGAAUACGACUGGCCAAGAGCGGCACCACCAACGCUUUCCUUCAGUACAAGCAGAAUGGAGGCCUUGAGGACAGAGAUCCUGAUGCACAUGCCUUGGCAGUGCGCAGCCGAUCGGCUUUUGAACAACAACACCACCAUCUCUUGCACUGCCUGGAGAAAACUACAAGUCACGAGUUUACUGAUGAACACUCCUACAGUGAGUUUUGUCUAACUGAGCCCCUGGGCUACCGCACCAGCCGCAGCACCUCUCUCUCCUCCCAGCAAGGAAGCAAGGGAGCAUUAAGCACCUCCUGCUGCCCCCGCCGUAACAGGCGCCGCACCACCCGCCUCACCAACUCCACCAUGUCUGUGAGCCGUGCCAGCGCUCAAGAGCUGGAUAUGUUGCACAGCCAGAAAAGUACUGCCCCCCAGAGUCGCUCCACCUUGAAUGCCAAAACCCAUGACAACUUGAAGCUGAACUGUGACACCACCGACUUCACAGCAGCCAUUAUCUGCAUCCCCACCCCUCCUGCCAACACACCAGAUGAAAGUCAGCCUCCCACUCCUAGAGGCCCCAGUGGACCCGUACGCAAUUCCAGCCUCUCCCCUCCGUACCUUCUUCAUGAGACUGUCAAAAUCUCCUCCUUGUAAGAGGAGGCUGGGGUGGGGUUGGGUUGGUGGUCCUUUCUCUUUCUGGGGUCCCUCCUGGCCAACAGAGUCUUGCUUAUGAGCUGGGGAUGGGCUCUUCCACAUCAGUGUUCCACUCCACCCUUUUGCUGCAACCUGGAGAAGAUCAGGGGUAAUCAGCUUUCUUUUUCAGGGGUGAUAUUGGUAGCCACCAACACAGAAAGUUCUGACGUAAGAGGUGCCUGCCUAACUCCUAUACCCCAGCAGUCAAAGCCAUAGAGGAGAUGAGGUGGAUCCCAGAUGCUAUGCAACUUCGGAAGAGUGGAGUGAUGCAGGGAAAACUGGGUCACAGUAGUUGGAUCUCUGGGGUACUCAGGAACAUAUCCCAGCUAUGGGGGAGGGUUUUUUUUACCCCUGAGACAGUUUCACUAUACCAAACCUCUUGUCUCUGAAGCUGUGGACAAGGGUGAGCUAAGACAACUGCUUUUUGCUCUCUAACUCUAGAACUGAAGGGUUUAGACUCGAGAGCAGGAAAGGGAGCAAGGACUUUGGCACUCAUGGCUUUGGAAGAGAAGAUGUCUUGUGGUGGGGUUGUAAGUUUCCUACUUUAGUGUGGCCAGGGCUGACAAAUGGGUUGUAGGCUAAAUGUGCAGCCAGAAGGCUCAGAAAACUUAGGCUCUUCAAUUAAUUCUGCCCCAGCACAGUCAGGAAAGUGCUGUGCGGUCAUUAGAGCAAUGCCCCAUGGAUGCUUGCAAGACUGAAGUAGGGAAAUGAAAAGGGGAAAAAAGAGACGGAAUCAACUGAGCUUCCAACAAUUUUUUUAUCUCCUGGCUAAGCCAUGACAUCACUGGGGUGGAUGGAGCUUGUAAGUUUCCCCACAACCCCAGUUGCCACUUUUCUCUUUCUCUCUUUCUCUGCCCUUUUCUCUCUCUCUUUCUCUCUCUCUCCCCCCCCAAUACCUGUUGUGUCUC